AUAUUAUUGAUCUGUCUUGGUCCCAUGAUGGUAAUCGAUUGGCUUCAACUAGUGUUGAUAACUCAGUGAUUGUAUGGUGUCGUCAAAAACUUCCCAACGGAGGAGGUUAUGCAAAUAACUCGUUUUGUAUACAAGCAACACUGAGAGGUCAUCAAGGUUUUGUUAAAGGCGUUACUUGGGAUCCAGUCGGGCGUUAUUUAGCCAGCCAAGGAGAUGAUUUAACUGUAAAGAUAUGGCGUACUGCAGACUGGCAAGAGGAGGCCACUAUUAGUAAACCAUUUGCCAAG